CAUGUUCAGUGAAACAUUACAGGUGAGACGAGAGCUUGCGCGUGGGCGCCCGCUUUUCCUCCCGCUCAGUAAGAGGCCGGCAUCCACGCCGCUCGCACGAACCUGACCGCCGCCCAAGCGCCGAACGAACGACUCCAAGAUGGCCACUGGCCCUAAGAUAGUACACAAGCAGUUCAACUCGCCCAUCGGGCUGUACUCCCAGCAGAACAUACAGGAGACCCUCAACAAGCACCUGCAGAACCUCGACAAUGGCACCGUAGGGAUCGACUUCAACAAUCCAGGCGCCAAUAAGCCAGCCAACCUCGCCAACUCGGCCGUUCUGCGAAUGCUUGAGGAAGAAGAGCGCAACCGCAAGGGGCUUCCUAAGUUAGAUCCGACGCAAAUCCAAGCAAUAAUGGACAAUUUGGUCCUGGCACGCCGUCGUUUUGACAGCUCGUGGCCACCGCGCAAGGAGCAUUCAGUCCGACGGGGUUGGCACUUGCUUGAUACCACCGGUCACAUAUAUUCUGAUUUCUUGAAGGCUACUAAAGGUCAGAAAAAAGUCGUUUGGCCACCGGUGCCAGAAACCAACGGCUACCAUCAGACCCAACAGCAGAGCCCUGCGCUCUACAACAACGCUCAGCACUCCCCAUCGCAACAGCCACAGUACUCACCCUCGGCUCAACCCCAGGCACAGCCCCAGCCUCAAUCCCCUUACCUCUCCCCUCAGCCCCAAUAUCAAUCCCAACCCCAGUACCAAUCCCAACCUCAGUAUCAACCGUCCCAGUAUCAAUCCCAGCCCCAGUACCAACCGCAGCCUCAGUACCAGACGCAGUCGCCGGCCUACAGCGAGGGCAAGCGACAGGAAGCGACUGGGCUGAGUAAGCUGAUCCCGGUUGGGGCUGGUGCCUCCCCUGUAGCCCCCUACCGUCAGGGCCCGCCUUCGCCGCAGCCCUACCGCCAACAGAACAGCCGCUGGGCCCCCGUGCCCGCUCCUACUUCUCCACAGCCACAGUACACGGGGCAGCCGCAGUAUUCGCCGCAGUCUCAGUACUCGGAGCCUCAGUACCAGCCGCCUCAGUACCAGCCGCCGCAGAAGCAGUUCGAACCGCCGCCGUCCACCAUCACUCUGCGCCAGCAGCAGCCAGUCCACCAGAAGCCGCCCCCGGUCUUCCCCAGCCAACCUGCUACAGCUUCGUUUAAAGGAGGUGUAAACAUGCGUGGAGAUCAAAAGUGGCCGCCGCAGUCGGUAAAGGAGGCCGUCGCGGCUGAGAACGAGGCGAGAAUGAUGCUAGCCAAAGGACCAGCUUGCAGACCGCGCAAGGUAAACAGGGAUUACUCUGGCUUCUUCGCGAAGCAUGCUCUCAAUCACAACUACCCUGGCUACCGCGCGCCCCCUGGCACCCAACACUUCGAGGACCAUUCUGGCCGAUCUUCGUACUAAAAUAAUAUAUUAGUCUUUAAUACUAGAGUCACCAGAUUUCAAUGAAUAGAUUCGAUCAUGAAUAAUCUCAAUAUUCCAAAAGAUCAUUUUCUUUAGCUUCAUAUAUAAAUCCGUUGCGCCUAAAUGUCUUAAAAUAUAGGGGUUAGUGCUCGGAUGUUAUCAAUGAGGAAUCAGCCUCGUUUAUCAUAAAUUGUCUCUAGAUAUCAGGGUAGGGGACGCCAGAGUAAGUACUUGUGUAGACUUUAGUCGAUAAAGUCUUAGUCUCAAACUAAGUACUUAAAAUAAAAAUUAAGCACUGAUUUUGUGAUAAAAAUAAGUGACAAUCAUCUUGGUAAUAAUCCGUUUCUAGCAACACAUAGUGUAUCAGGAUGAGAAAAAAAGAUUACUAUAUUUUUAU